ACUGCUUCCGGUUUCUGGGUAUGUAAGGUGGACACGUUUUGUGCAUCAUCCUAUGCCCCUGAGGAGCGGAAAGGCUCUCUUUUGGUGGUAAGACGGGGGCUUUCGUGCUUUACAAAGCACCACGAGUAGUAUUUCAUAUAUAUCUCUUGAUAAAAUACGAAUCACAGUACCAAACCGAUUGCUUGAUCAGCUGUCAAAUUUUCAGACCGACAGAUUGCAUUGAGAGUGGUUAACGUGGAUUUACUACGUGAAACGACCACUUUCGGCUGAUAUUUCAAAUGUGAAAAAAAUUCAAAACUGCCGUAUUUGUGUGCUCUUUGUCGGGUGCCUCAGAGAGCUUUGGGCCAGCUUUCGCCAUCGCAGUCUGCUCUUUAGGCUAAUAUGGGGAAAAAGAGAAAGGAGAAGAGAGAUGAUGAGAAUUUUGACCACAUAGGUUCAUCCUGUACCCACAUCCGCAAGGGAAUAGACAAGAACUUUCUGAAGAAAACCUCCCAGCUUUUAAAGUGGAACACCUGUCAGGACUGUGGGGAUGAGUCAGGAGCUGAACAGGCCAUGGUGGAGGACGAGGAGGACCAGGAGAGUGCAGGAGCCCCUAUGAUCUGGGUCUGCCUGCGGUGUGGCCAUCGGGGAUGCGGGAGAACGUCUGAGAAUCAGCACGCCAUUAAGCACUACGAGAAGCCCCAUUCAGAUACACACUGUCUGGUCCUCGCUCUAGAAAACUGGAAUGUGUGGUGCUACCUCUGUGACGAUGAAGUCCAAUAUUCCAGUACUGGGCAGCUGGCUCAGUUGGUGAGCAACGUGAAAAAGCAAGCGGUCUUAGAACCCAGUAGGAGUGCAGCCCAGAAGAAAGUGACAGAGGAGUCUAGGGUAUCGGAGGCGGAGCUGCCGGCCUCGGUGGAGAAUUCUGCUACUGAGAUCAAGACAGGCACGCAGAGGAAAGGUGGGAGGAGAGAUGGAGGGGACCGGAACGGCCAGAAGCCCAUCGCAGGGAGCGCUGGCUCCUCAGUCUCAGUCAGGGGCCUCAGUAACCUUGGGAACACCUGCUUCUUUAACGCCGUCGUCCAGAACCUCUCCCAGACUCGACUCUUCAGGAAGGUCCUUAAAGAUAUCCUGGAUGGGAAACCUACGGUUUCCAUAACGCCCGGAAUCUCCACCAAGCUGGAGCCUAUAUCGAUCCAGUUGGAACAGCCAGGGUCGCUCACCGUAGCCAUGUCCAACCUGCUGAAUGAGAUCCAGGAGACCGAGAAGAGUGUGAUCACUCCCAGGGACCUCUUCACGCAGGUUUGCAAAAAGGCGGCCAGGUUCAAGGGCUUUCAGCAGCAGGACAGUCAGGAGCUGUUGAGAUACCUCCUGGAUGGCAUGAGGGCCGAGGAGACGAAGAGGUAUAGUUUGGGGAUUUCUGCAGCUUUGAAAAACUCUGGAAAAGACACAGAAUCUGAAGAAUUGAAGAAGCAGAUCAAAGACUAUGAAAAGAAUGGAGCCCCAAAGAACUUUGUGGACCAGGUGUUUGGCGGAGAGCUGACCAGCACAGUUAUGUGUAAAGAGUGUAAAACGGUGUCCCUGGUGACUGAGAUAUUUCUUGACCUGUCACUGCCUGUCUCAGAUGAGGCCUACAGGAAGAAGAAUCAGAAGAAGGUCACGCAGAAACCCAAUGAGGACAGGAAGCCAGACUCUCCCAUGCCAGCUGCCCACAGGGAUGAGGACGCCCUGUCCGGCGUGGGCAGCAAGUACCAGCAGAAGAAGGCGAAGAAGCAGGCGAAGAAGCAGGCGAAGAACCAAAGGCGACAGCAGAAACUGGCAGGAAAGACGCUCUUCACCGGCGAAGAUUUGCCCGAACCCAAAGAGGGAGAAGGGGGUGCUUUGCAGAGGGAGGGGGGAGAGCCUGAGGCAGAGGAGCUGGGGGAUGAACCUGAGGAACCUGGAAACUCAGAAGGCACUGAAGAGCAGCUGGAAUCUGACGCUCCUCCAGGGGGUGCUGUUUUGGAACCUGAAACGGUUACUAUGUCUUCUGCCAAAAACCCCUUCGAGGCUCUGUCUGAAGAUCCAGACAUGGGAGAAGAAAAUGAGGACGGGGGAGAAGCCAAUGAGGGAGACGAUCUGGCAGAGGACCUCCACUCGCUCUCCCUGAACACAGCCUUCGUGAAUCCCGAUGAUGUGGAGCUGGACUUGGAGGAUGGGGAUCCACCUGUUAACACCCAGGAAUACACAGUGGUCAAUCAGGACCCGGGGAUGGCCUUCAGCAGCCUGGCCAGCAGGGCGGCGCCAGAGAAGGAGGAAUGCUCCAUAUACUCCUGCCUGUACCAGUUCACAGAAGUGGAGAAUCUCACCAAGAGCAACAGCCUGCUUUGCGUGACAUGCAGCAAGCGCCAGACCAACCCGGCAGAUGGCUCCCGGAAGAAGGUGUACACAGACGGCCUGAAGCAGAUGCUCGUCUCAUUGCCUCCUCCUGUCCUCACACUGCACCUGAAGAGGUUUCAGCAGGUCGGGUACAGCGUCUGUAAGGUGAACCGGCAUGUCCAUUUCCCACAAAUUCUGGACCUGGCGCCGUUCUGCUCGGUGAACUGCAAGGGUUUGACUCUUGAUUCCCAGAACCUGGCGGAGGGAGAGAGGCAUGUGCCGUAUGCCCUCUAUGGCGUGGUGGAGCACAGCGGGACCAUGCGGUCGGGACACUACACCGCCUACGUCAAAGCCCGGCUGCCCGACCAGAGCACCACGAUGAACGGGCUAACCACACGAGGUGACCCCCAACCAGAGAAGGGAUCCUGGUACCACGUCAGCGACACUAGUAUUCAGCCCGUCCCAGAGAGCAAAGUGCAGAGCUCCCAAGCCUACCUCCUGUUCUAUGAGAGGAUCUCUUAAGGGCCGUGAGGGGGCGCUGUGGAGGGAUAGGGGAGGACCGAGACCAGCAUCCUUUUGCGUCGGUGACGUCGUAAACGACUGCCGUGUGUCACCGAAGGCCUUAGUGCUCAGGUGAACAUGCAGUCACCCCAGUUAGAGGGGUGGUUUUUACAGUACUGUGAUCCUUGUCAAAUGCCGGUUAACAAUAAUCAUAUGUGAUUAAUGUUACAAACGUUUAAGGGACAGGGAGCAAACGUUUAAGGACUAUUACAUUAGCUGACUCAGUGAUUAUUAAUCCACAACAGUGCAGGGAAAGAAGAUGUAUUUUAUUAACAUCAUGAGAUUUUUUUUUAUUUUUUAAAAACCUGUUUAUUCUGGAAAUGGAAGCAUGUAUGCCGUGCAGUCUCUGUCUCUCUCUCUCUCUCUCUCCCUCUCUCCCUCUCUCCCUCUCUCCCUCUCUCUCUCUCUCUCUCUGAAGAUUCUGAGAUGUGCUGGAGAUGUUUUGGAAAAACUGUACGUGUGCUGUAGUGAAAGAAACGAUGUUGGUGUACACUAAAUAGAGAUUAAAUGUCUGCGGGGGGAAAAUACGGUGAUUCAGGAUAAAAUUUAUUUUCAAUUUUUUAAGUAUUUAUGACAUCUUUAUGGCUGCAUCAGUAUUCACUCAAAAAGAUAUUGGAGAUGUAAUUUUGUACAGUUUCGUAAAUGAUUUAACUAGCGUUUCCACAACCUAGUCGAACAGAUGGUAUUUAAAUAAAUGAAUAAAACUGAAAUGCAACAG